GUCAGUUCAUUGUUAUUUGUCAGUAUUGUUGUUCAAAGUUUCUAGUGUUUCCUUGUUUUCCCUUUUUGGAUUUUGUGCUUGUGUUGGAGGAACAACAUACUUUGGGCGCCAUGGUAACAAGUUACACACUUGCAUCACAUGAUAUCAACGCAUCUCAGAUGAGCAUUGUUAAAAGCCCAUCUGUGACCAAGUGGCACACUCCGCUACCUCCAGAAGAGGACAGAAAGCAGAGUUGAAGUGAAAUAUGGACAACAGAACCGUGCUGACAUUCACGAUGACUGCCUAUGCUGUUAUGGAAAACAACAAACAUGGGCUGUUCACUGUAUUCCUCUUGCUGUAUCUUAUCAUUCUCACUCUGAAUACGCUGCUCAUCACCGUCAUACAUCAGAACAAAGAGCUGCACCAACCCAUGAAUGUGUUCACAUGUAUGUUAUCUGUCAAUGAAAUGUACGGCACCACCGCGCUGUUACCUGCAGUCAUGGCUCUGCUCAUGUCUGACACACAUGAGACUAGCGUGAAGUGGUGUUUGGCUCAGGUCUACUUUCUGCACACAUACGCAUGUGCUGAGUUCUUUAUAUUAGCUGUGAUGGGAUAUGACCGGUACGUUGCCAUCUGUUACCCUCUACAUUACCACAGCAUCAUGUCUUAUUCAAAGAUAAGCAAGCUUGUGGCAUUAGCUAGUCUUUACCCGCUGAUUCUGUUUGCAUGUUUCUACGCUCUGACCUUAAACCUGAGCUUCUGCGGAAAAGUGGUGCCGAAAUUAUACUGUGUGAACAUGGAAGUGGUCAAAAACUCAUGUUCAAGUGUGCCAUACAUAAGUAUAGUGGGACUCGUACUGAUUGUGUUUUUGAUUGUCCCUCAGGUAGUGAUGAUUGUUUUCUCUUACAUGCAAAUUGCAAGAGUGUGUGGGAAACUGCUGCGAGAAUCUCGGGGCAGUGCUCUUAAGACGUGCAUCCCUCAUUUAUUCUCUUUGCUGAACUACACGAUAGGAUCCUUAUUCGAAGUCAUCCAAACUCGAUUCAACAUGAACCAUGUGGCUGUAGAUGCAAGGAUCUUCCUCUCUUUGUAUUUUGUCAUCAUCCCAUCAGUUGCCAACCCCGUGCUGUAUGGACUCGGUACUCAAACAGUGAGAGUUCACAUACUGAAACGUUUUAUCAGACAUAAGAUCCUGCUUUCAAAGAUAAGAGACUCUGGUUAGUGCUUGAAUACGGACGAACCUAUUUCAUUGCAAAGCCCCCCCCCCCCCCCUUAAAAAAUGGUUAUUCUUAUAAUGAAAUGAAUGUGAUCAAACUAUGUGUUUUCUCAUUCAUCUUUUGGGCCACCUGACACUUUGCUGUCUGUUAACUCUGUUAUUUAGAUUUUUAAAAAAGGUGGAAAAAUGCAGCUGGUAAAAUAUUAAUAAUUAAUGUGUAAUGUUUAUUUUACACUAAUAUGAUACAAUACAGGUCUUUGCUUACAUUAAUUGCAUUAACUUAAAUGAAUGGUACUAUCUUUUACUCUUAGAUAAAUAUGUAUGAGCCAAAAAUAAAUAAGUUUCUAAUACAUUAGGCCUCUGUGUUAGAUUAACAAAAUGUUACUGUAAUGGAUGCAUUGACUUUUUCAGACACACUGUAUAUAAAUUGCUGGAUUGUGCAUUUCAGUUAUUAUUAUCUUUAUUCUAAGUCAUUUGAUGUCUAUUUUUUAGUUUGAAUAACGGCAAAGCUUGGUGUCAGAUAUCAAAUAUGAGUAUGUUCAAUGAAAACUUUCUUCAGCUAAUGUCUGCAUGUAAUGGCUUCAAGUGUUUUUUUUAAAGUGUAACAUUGUUGGUGAAGAGGUAAAGACGGUGCUGCUGUCAUGAGUUAAGAUUUCACGUCUGUAAAGUUUAAAAUUGUAAAGGUAAAGCUCCAGGAGACAGAAGGAUGAGACUUAUUUAUUAUAAAUAAAGCAAAGAUUUACUGUCAUUGAUGGUAAAUAUAUUUGA